AUGGUGGACGACGCAUCCAGCGCCAACACGAGACGUGUGAGGGAAGAGGCCGAAGUUAUUCAAGGAAGACUGACGGACCUUAAGUUUGACUCCAAGAAGUUUCGCGAUCCACUGAAGCCUGGGCAGACGUCGCACGCCCAGUUCUAUCCGCAGGGUGUCACAGCUGCGAUGGAAGAAAGGUGGCUUGCAAUGAUCAAGGCGUCGGCCAGCAAGUAG